AUGUUUAUAACAAAUAUAACCACAGACAGUGGAUUCCUCCUUAUGGGCUUUUCUAGCAACCGUGAGCUACAAAUCUUACAUGCUUUGCUUUUCUUGGUGAUGUACAUUUUGGCCUUAGCAGGAAACCUCAUCAUUAUCACCAUCACAAUUCUGGACCAACAACUCCAACACCCUAUGUAUUACUUCUUGAGACAUCUGUCCUUUCUGGACCUCUCCUUCAUUUCUGUCACAGUCCCACAGUCCAUUGACAAUUCACUGAUGGAUGACGGCUAUAUUUCCCAGUGCCAGUGUAUACUUCAGGUAUUUUUCUUCACAUCGUUAGCCUGGGCAGAAGUGGCCAUUCUCACAGUGAUGUCUUACGACCGCUAUGCCGCCAUCUGCUUUCCACUCCACUAUGAGGUCAUCAUGACACCUCGAACCUGCGUGUGGGCAGUGACAGCCGUUUGGCUAAGCGGAGGCGUUUCUGGAAUAUUGUACACAGCGACCACCUUCUCUAUCACAUUCUGUAGGACCAAAAUAAUCCACCAGUUCUUCUGUGACAUCCCACAGUUGCUGAAGCUCUCCUGCUCCAACGAUUACCUGGGCGUUGUUGGCGUGGCUGCUUUCAUGUCCGUGAUGGCUCUCAUCUGCUUCACCUCCAUAGUCCUUUCCUAUGUUCACAUCUUCUCUACAGUUCUGAGAAUCCCCUCUGCCGAGGGUCGGGCCAAGGCCUUCUCUACCUGCUUACCCCACCUCUUCGUUGUGUCAUUUUUUCUCUCCACAGGCACCUUUGAAUUUCUAAAACCACCUUCAGAUUCUCCAACUGCUUUUGACAUUCUGAUUUCUAUUUUUUAUACAGUAUUGCCCCCAACACUCAAUCCUAUUAUCUAUAGCUUUAGGAAUGAGGCCUUGAAAGGAGUUUUAAGAAAACUACUGUUAGGUGGAGAAUUCACCAAGAAAAGUUUUUUGUCCUGUUGA